CCAGUAAACAUGGCGGAGGUCAGGCUCUGUUUUGGAAGAGGAGCAUUGGACAGAUUCUACCACUUUCACCUCCGGGAGAGUUCCAUUAAACGCGGUAACAGUUUAACUCAGACCUUGUCUCUGACCUCCGCCGUUCUGUCUGGUUGUUUUACAAAUGGCGGACUGCAGGGAGGUGACAGAGCCGCGGACAGAGUGACCGGUGCAGCCUCACGGGACAGUUACACAAGUGGGACAGUGGAGCUCGGUGCUCUGGAGGGUAUCUGUGGAAAUGGAAAUGUCGCUGAAUAUCAGUGUUGUCACGGACUUAAAGAUGUUUCACUUUAUAAUAAGACCCGGGGUCAGAUUACAGGAGAAACUCUGCCUCGGUGCUGGAGUCGUACGAAGUUGAGCAGGAGUUUCCUGCACAGUCAGCGGGAGUGCGGGGGACAGGCUGUGUUCAUCCGGGAGUUCGGGAGCAACGGGACCCGAUCCGAUUCCCUGUUCAGAACCAAGACCGGCUAUUAUGAAAUCCUGGAGGUGUCACCUAGCGCCACCCAGGCCCAGAUCAAAACCGCCUACUACAAGCAGUCAUUCGUCUUCCACCCGGACAGAAACGCCGGCAGCGAGGUGGCCACCGUCCGCUUCUCCGACAUCAGCGAGGCCUACACGGUGCUGGGCAACAAGGCGCUGCGGAGGAAGUACGACCGGGGGCUGCUCAGCCAGUCGGACCUCAUCGCGACGGCCAGACCCUCCUCCUCCUCCUCCAAGGACGGCCCCGGGGGCUCCGCCACGCAGCAGGCCGACCGCGGGCGGCCUGUGGCGGGCGCCUACAACCGAGGAGGCGUCUACGACUUCGACAAGUUCUUCAAGUCCCACUACAGCGAUCAGCUGCAGAGAGAGCGAGAGAUGCGGGCCCGCAGGGAGGACAUGCUGCGGGACAGACACGAGCCGAUGGUCGAGAGGAGGAGCAAGAUGAUGGAGAUGUGCGUCGGGCUGAUGGUGGUGAUGGCUCUGUGUUUAACUUACAGUCUAAAACGGGGGUGAUGGAGGAACGUGGACCCGGACAGGGCUGCUGGACAUGGACAUAGAUUCACUGUGGGGCCCUUGAAUUGUCACCACCCUUCACACUACUGGGGGAAACACCGCCCCUGUGCACCUCUCUGUGGAGCAGAGAGGUGCAUGAAGACAGAUCACACUGUCUUCAUGCAAGCUGCAAAUGAGAAGAUUUGUUGCCUUUCUCUAUCGCGAAAUACCAGUGAUGGUAACUGUGACUAGUGAUGAAAACAAUCCACAGUUGCAGCGUGUAUAUGAGUAAUAAUUCACCAGAGGACAAGUGCAGGGCUCUUCUUGUCACUGUGUGAAGUCAGUGUUUAUUAUGUGUUAAAUGUCACCUGUUUCAUUACCUCCAUCAAGGAGGUCCGAUUUUCACCCAUGUCUGUUUGUUUGCUGGUUUGUAAACAAGAUUACAUAAACAAACUCAAACCUUAGCAGACGUUUUCAACAAUUUCACAAUUUCUGCAGGGAAUAAUUCAUGAGUAUUGAUGAACAGGCAUCGUUAUGGAAGUGGUAUCUAUUUAAGUUGGUGCCACUUGAAUUCAUUGUCGGGCCUUGGGGGAGGUAAUGAUCUCUGUUGAGUGUCAUUCUAAUUCUGUACUGUUUUAACUCUGUGGGUUUUUAUUUGCCACCCAGUUGGUCAGUGACACACAGUCAGUGCCAGUGCUUGUCCUCCGUGCCACAUGUUGUUGGCAUGUGAUCACAUGCUGAUGGAGGAAGAUUCAGUGGUUGGUUAACAACCUGGUAAUGUUUCAGUUCAACUCCUUUGGCUUUUGUAAAGUCAUCUGCCUCAACAGUUUGUUUUUGACCCGGGUUUAUUGCAAUUUAUAAAAUAUUCAUAGCAAUAUAAAGAAUGUCAGAUGAGUCAGUUCUUGAAAAUGCAUUAAACGGGGGCAUUCAGGAUCUGUAAACUUAUGCUCACGUUAAGUUAAAGAAUGUGCCUUGGGUAAAAUUUAUUGUACAAAUCUUUGGUUUUAUUUUGUGCCGAUAUUUAAAGAAUAAAUGAUUAAUGUUCAGA